AUGUCAGUCCCUCUCAAGCCCGCAGAUCAAGGAGGAUACAGCAUGCACAAGGCGUACCAUGAGUUCCAGCCGCUGUACAAAUACUGCACAGAAAAGUCACUGGAAUACGUUUUUGACAAAUUCAUGGGCGGAUCCAAGCUUACCGAAUCUGCGGAGAAGAUCCUACCCAAGUUCAGCUACAUCAAGGAUUCUCCCUGGAGCGUGUACGAAUGGUGGUUCCAGCUGCAGAUCGCCCAGAUCUCCGCGCACGUUAUGGAACUGGCCGCUACCGAGUCUGAAGGUACCGGAUCACUCAGAACCCUAGACACUUCAUCCAAGGAAGCCCUACGAGACCGUGAAGAUAUACACGUCCAUCAGGGCAUUAGGCCUGAUCUCUCUGUCUACUUCAAAGAAACUCUUGAGGAUCUCGCCGAGAUUAGAGGCGCCACUGAGUCCAAAGCGCCGGCGAAGCAUAAAGAAGACAGUGCCAAAGGGAAGGCCAAACAACGCAGGACCCCCAAAGAGGAGCGUCUCCGACAGGAGCGUAGUCGUUACGCUGGAAAAGCGUCUUUCGCGCACAUUGUCGUGCCGAUUGAGGCGAAAACCAAGCGUACCCUGUCCGCUUUCAGUUUCCCUACCUCGAAAGUCGAUGCGGAGAACCCGGACUCUGCGGAGCCGCCGAUC